AUGAAGACAUAUGCUGCAGCCCUUGCCUUUGCGACUCUUGCACUAUCGCAAAGGACAGAUCUCCACGGCUGCGUCGGCGUAUGGUUCGUUGACACCGGAUUCGAAGACGGCGCCUGUUGCGUCGGAGGCACCCUCUCUGCGCCUUACCUCUCCACCUGUCCUGGCUGGCCUGUUUGUUCCGGGCCCGCGACAACCACGACCACAUCGCAGCCAUUGAGCUGUGCCACCGUCAUCGCCAGCGACGACAAUUACUCGAGCAACCUUGCUGCCGCAACGAGCAGCCUCGCUGCGAGCGGGACACAUUUUCAGACAACCUUGACUGCUGGUGGAACGGCUACAGGAGGACCCGCUUCGACGGCGUCCUCGGGAUCUGCCUCGUCGGACAGUGUGACUGGGACGACGGGCGUGGCUUCGGCGUCGCCGACAGGAAAUAGCGGGCCGACAAAGUCGAUGGCUGGUGCUGGAGUGGUCGGUGGAGCUAUUGGGGUGCUUGCUCUAUUGUUGUAG